AUGCUCCAGGUACUUCUUGACACUCCUCGUUCUCCCACGCCUACACAAGAUGUUAUUCGAGGUUGUCAUCUAGUCAAUGACUAUGAUGGAGAAAAUUCUAUUCAAUUGAUUCCAAAUGACAUCAGUAUAUUUCAAGAAACAUAUACACCUGAUACAGCUAUCCAGUGGUAUUCGCGUGAUUCAUUUGUUUAUCGGGCAUUUAAUAAAGCUUGUCGAAUGUUGGAUAGUGAUGCAAUAAUCGAAUUUCAUUCAUUUGUCAAAGAUCUCGAUGCUCAAUUGAAACAAUUACAUUGUCAACAAAUAAAUGAUGGAACACUACUACCUCUGACUGUUUAUCGUGGACAAACAACAUGGGGGAGAGAUGACAUCGAAAAAAUUUGUGCGAAUGUUGGUCAUCUUAUAUCGAUGAAUACAUUUUUAUCCACUAGUACUAAUCGUGAGGUCGCCAAUAUGUAUGUUUCCGGUGGUAAUAAAAAUACAUCUGUAAUUUUCGAAAUUACAGUUAAUGAUAUCAAAAAUAACAAACACUAUCCACCAUUUGCUCAUAUUCGUCAAUUUAGUCAGUUUGAAGGCGAAGAUGAAGUUCUUUUUGGUAUGUCAUCGAUAUUUAAGGUUAUCUCUGUUGAAGAUCAGAUACAACAUAUAAUUGUCAAGUUGGAAUUAUCCAGCUUUGACGAAGAUAAAAAUGUGCAAAAAUUGAUGGAUGAAGUUCAAUCUUAUCUCUAUCAAGUAUGUGGUAAACAAAUUUCCUUUAUUCAAUUCAAACAACUUUUCACUAAUACUUCCCAAAGGCAUGCUCGACCAUUCACAGAACUGAUGAAAUUCUUUCUUACAGAUCUAAUACAAUUGUUUAUUAUCAGUACUUAUGAAAAACAAGGUUGUAUGAAAGAAUUGAUCGAUAAAGAGCCUGUUUUACACGAGCUGGUGAUGAAAACCGAUACAGAUGAUGUUCGUCCGAAUGAAACAUCUAUCUGUCUUCUAUUCGAUAUGCUUAACAAUUUUCUUUCUUCCAAAAGGGAAAAUCUUCAUGAACAGUUGUCAUCUGACGAUAAAGAUCUAACAUCGUUACUUCGCCUUGGUGGAUUUUUAUCUUUCACAAAUGACUUUGAUAAAAGCAUUCGAUAUUUUCAAACGCUCUCUAAAUAUGAUUGGAUUAAUGAUAAAUUCAAAGCAUUUAUACAUAUGAUGUUAGGAUUUAAUUAUGAAUUGGCAAAUAAAAAAGCAAUGGCAAUGGAAUCGUUUGAUUAUGCUUUCGAAUUGUUUCAAUCAUCGAUGCCACCAUGGCUUGCCACGUUUAUUGUUUCUUCUCAUCCAGAAUCACAUAAUGCCAAUCAAACAGUGAAUAGGUUAAAGCCAUUGAUCAAUCAAGAACAUACUGAUAGUGAAAUUCAAGAAAAAUUACGUCUAUCCGCUUUAGGUUAUAUUUGUUUGCAACAACAAAACACUAUUGAUGCACUCAAUUGUUGGGAGGAAGCAUUAGAAAUAGUCUCUCAUAUCCCAUCGUCGAUGGAAACUAUUUUCAAUGGAAUGAUUUAUAUUCAAACGGCCUCGGCAUAUUUUAAAUUGAACAAUAUGUCUAAAGCGUUAGAUGUGAUGGAAAAAGCAAUGAACUACAUCGAAUCUUACUAUCCAUCAACCCAUCGAAUGUUUGCUAGUUUAAAUCUGAUGUAUGGGUAUUAUCUAAUGCAAAAUGACAAACAUUCUGAAGCCAUCGAAUGCUGGAUGAAAUCACUGAAAAAUCCAUAUUUUGUCGAUAAUAAAAACUUUCUUGCUAUUAUCUAUACUCUCUUAGCAAUUGCUGCAAUUCAAUCUGGUCAUAUGGCUGAAGCAGAAUUUUAUUGUAAGCAAGCGGGUCAAUAUCCAUUGCCAAGUGAAAUCAGCAGAGAGUUUCCGAAUUUAGUCGAAGCAAUGCCACACUUUAAGUCCUUAUUCGAACAAAUGGGUGAAGAUAAUGGUCGUAAAUUCAUUCGUAUUAUAUUCAAAAAUAGUCAACAACAUCUUUGGCAGAUACUCUCCAAUGGAAAUUCAGUUUCUGAAUGCAUCGUUGAAGAAACAUGCACGAGUGAGAAAUUGAUUUCUAUGGGUGAUCAUUAUCGUUAUCGUGGUGAUUUGACACGAGCAGAAUAUUACUAUGUGAAAGCUUUGGAAAAGAUUAAAGAAACUGAAUCGGAACAGUUGUGGAAUAUUUAUCGGAAAAUGAUGAAAAUGAAUAAGAAUGCACAUGAUCAAUAUCGAGAUUAUUUUAUUGAACAAUAUUCGAAAUAUGAUGAUGAAAAUCCAAAACAUUUUCAAAUAAUUACCACAUUACAAAUAAUUCUGUUUCAAUUUUCUCUCACACAAAAUGAAUUCGAAUUGGCAUUUGAUUGUCUAAUACAAAGUAUAUUUAUGAAUAUUAAAUUCUGAGUAACAAUUGUAAAAUAUCUUGAAUCAAUCUCACAAGAUAUUCUUUCUCGUCGAGAAGAAGAAAAUUUUGUUGAAAAUGGUAUUGAUUAA